CCCGGAAGAAUGACAAAUGUUUAUUGUUGCAAGCCAUCUCGAUUUUAGAUAAGAACAAGUGGGAUCUCGCUUCUAGAAAGACAAGUAUAAUUGUCCAACAGCUCAACGAAAUUACAGUUUUGUUUAGUUACAUAUAGUGAAUCUGUUCAACAUUUUCACCGGCGAAUACUUUGAACUCUUCCAUAGCAAAUCUUAGUUUACGUGCUCGUUCUUUUUCCACGUUGUGAUCCCACGCCAAACUUCCACUGUUAGCAUCUGCGUUUUAACCAAAGAGCUACAAACAUGGCUUCCUACUUCGACGAGCACGACUGUGAGCCCACCAACCCUGAGGAACAGUACCGCCAGAACGCCCUACUUGAACUGGCCAGGUCUCUGAUGCAGGGUUUGGACCUGAUGGACUCGGGGGAUUCGUCAGACUGGAACCAGCGUCUUCCUCCCCCUGCUGCAAAAGUAGCUGUGCAGACACUCAAUGUAGUUGUUAUUUCUCCUGAACAAACAGACAAAGGCCUGAAGUGUCCCGUUUGUUUGCUGGAGUUUGAAGAGCAGGAGACGGUUCGGGAAAUGCCCUGCAAACAUCUUUUCCACUCGGGAUGUAUACUGCCGUGGCUGGGCAAGACUAACUCCUGCCCGCUGUGUCGACUUGAACUACCAACUGAUAAUCCAGACUAUGAAGAGUUUAAGAAAGACAAGGAGAGAAGAAAACAAAGAGAGUACAGACUGGAGGACCUCCAUGGAGCAAUGUACACAUGACAGUGACCUUUCACAUUGCCAAAUAUUCAGCAAGUUGUUAACUGUCGGAGUGAAAGUGCACACGUUCAGCAGUAGUGACUCUGUAUUCUUACCAUUUCCUCAAAAGUAUAUUUUAUUAUUUAAAUUAUGUGACCUCUUUGAUUUGUUCCAUGUCCGAUUUUCAUUGAUUCCAUAUAUUUUGUAUGAUAUCAUAUGACAUUUCCCACUAGUAAGGAUUUACUGUAUAUUGUAUAAAUAUUUUACUAAUACAUCUCUACAAUCUACUGUUACGGAUGGCUCUUGUGACGUGUUUUGUCUGGUUCUAUGACUCUAUUUUAAAACCUCGUGAUGGUUUACAGCAGGGAUGAUGUAAUGUACUAGCUCAAAUAACUUACAUUUGCAACAUAUGCAUGCAAGUGUUUUAAAGCACGAACUUGACGGCUUAGUUCUGAUCUAUCUAUAUAUUUUUUAAAAUUGACUUUUAAAUAAAAUCAUUUGUUGUAUGAUUCAA